UCUCCUCCUCUUUCCAGUCAGGAGGAGAGGAAGAAACGUACGUUCAGAGACUACACUAGUCAGAAGAUCACUCUGGAAGCUGUCUUGAAUACUGUGUGCAAGAAAUGUGGUUGCAAAGGUCAUUUUGCCAAGGAGUGUUUCAUGCAGCCUGGAGGUACCAAAUAUAGCCUGAUUCCAGAAGAGGAGGAGGAAGGGGCAGCAACAGCAGAAUAUGAAAAAGAUAAAAAGACCAGCCUGACUGAUGACUCUUCCAAAAAAAGGAAAAAG